UUCCGCUUCCUCCAAAGUCAGCUGACUUGUCUGGUGACUGUUGACAUUACCGAGACCAGAAAAAACUUAACAGGAACUUCUAAAAGAUCAAAUGACGGUCGAAUAAAGUUUAUUUUAUUUGAAACGAUCCUCAGGUUUCUCUGGUAAACGAAACCUGACAAGCAUUUAUUAUUGAAAUGGCUUCUUUGCUUUUCUGCGGUCCUAAACUGGCCGCAUGUGGACUGGUCCUGAGUAUUUGGGGUGUAAUUAUGCUGGCAAUGCUGGGGAUUUUUUUCACCACACAUUCAGCUGUGCUCAUAGAGGAUGUGCCUUUCACAGAGGAAGACAUCCAAAACCCGGAUACGCCACUGCAAAACAUCUAUAAACUGUACAACCAAGUUGGAUACAAUUGCUUCAUUGCAGCAGUAAUCUACAUUGGUUUAGGAUUCCUAUCAUUUUGUCAGGUUCGCCUGAACAAGCGCAAGGAAUAUCUGGUGCAUUAGUACCUGUUUAACUCUACCUCUAAUGUUUAAUUCUCUAAUGUUGCAUUUGCCUUAAAAUGAAGCUUAAAUGUGUGGGUUUGUAAGAUGGAAUAAGAUUAUGUAUUUUACUGUGCUUUUCUUUCUUGCCUGUCUAUCUUAAAGCCUGUCAUCAGAGUGAGAUUGAUCAUUGUGAUUAGUACCUCACACAUUUGCCUUUUGCUAUUUUGAUCUGUGGACCUACCAAAUUAUUCAAAGAUAUUGGUUAUCUUCAAACGCUGUUGAUAUAUGAUUUAAUUGUGAUUUUUAUUUAUAAUUGCACACCUGUCAAAUAAACAAUCUCAUGAAGUAAAUGUUGAA